AUGAUUUAGAAUUAGUAAUCUAUUUCAGACUAAAUGAAUAAUCAAUAUCAAAUGGAGGAAAGCAAAUAACGGAUUUCAAUAGAUAUGGUAAAUUAAAUUAAAGCUGAUGGGUUCAUUUAAAAAUUAUAAGAAAUACAUAAUGAUCAAAUCGAUUCAAUCAGCUUGCAAUUUGUUGGUAACACUAUUGAUGAGAUUGGUGCUAAGCAUUUAGGAGAAGGACUUUCAAAAUGUGCUACUAUCACUUCUUUACAUCUAGAAUUAUUUGGAAAUAUGUUUGGUGAUAAUCGUUUAAAGUAUUUAGCAGAAGGAAUUUUAAAGUGUGUUUUUCUCACUUCUUUAAAUCUAAAUCUAAGUUUGAAUAGUAUUGGAGAGAAUGGUGUAAAGUAUUUAAGUGAAGAACUUUAAAAGUGUGUUUUUCUCACUUCUUUAAAUCUAAAUUUUCACUGCAAUAAUAUUGGUGAUAAUGGUUUAAACUACUUAGGAGAAGGGCUUAGAAAAUGUUUUACUCUGACCUCUUUAAAUCUAAAUCUAAUCAACAAUAGUGUUAAUAAUAUUGGGGCAAAGUAUUUAGGAGAAAAACUCUCAAAGUGUAUUAAUCUCACUUCUUUAAAUCUAAAUCUAGGCUUUAAUAGAAUAGGUCAAAAUGGUGUAAAGUAUUUAAUAGAAGAGCUUUCAAGGUGUGUUACUCUCACUUCAUUGAAUCUAAUUCUAUUAGAUAAUUAGAUUGGUGAUUAUGGUGGAAUGUCCUUAGGAGGAGGAUUUUCAAAGUUUUUUAAUCUCACUUCUUUAAAUCUACAUUUGGGCAAUAAUAGGAUUGAUGAAAAUGGAGCAAAGGUUUAUGGAGAAGAACUUUCAAAGUGUUUUAAUUUCACUUAUUUAAAUCUAGAUCUAAGCAGCAAUCAUAUUGGAAAGUAAGGUGCAAAAUAUUUAUUAAAAGAACUUUUUAAGUGUGUUAAUCUAACUUCUUUACACCUAAAUCUUAAGAGUAAUUAACUUUGUGACGCUGGUGUAAAGAAUUUAGAGGAAGGACUUUCAAAAUGGAUUCAUCUUGAUUCUUUAAGUCUAAAUGUUAAUGAAAAUUUAAUUACUAAGAGAGGUCUAUAGUCUAUAGGAUAAGGACUUUCAAAGUGUGUGAAUCUCACUUCAUUAAAUUUAAUUCUAAUAAAUAAUAAUAAUUUUGGUAAUAUUUCUAAGAAUCUAGGAGAAGGACUUUCAAAGUGUGUUUCUCUCACUUCUUUAUAUAUAGAUAUUGGAUAUUAUCAUUAUGGGAUAAAUAAAUUUAAUAAUAUAUUCAGAAAAGCCAAAAGAUUGAUAAAAUAUACACUUGUAUAUAAAUGA